AUGAAUACAUUAAAAAGACUAAACAUUAACAGACUUGUAAGAUAUAAUGUAAAUAAUUAUAUUGGACCAUUGGCAUACUAUUCAACAACAUCAUUAUGGAAUUCAAAAGGUGCUACACAUCAGAGCCAGUCAAGAUUGAAUAGAGUGUCAACGGCAACAGCAACAGGAGGAGGAGGUGCCAAUGAUAAUGAAUUCUUUAACGAUUCAGAGAAGUUUGAUGUACCAGUUCUAGAGUUUAUCAUCAAGAGAAAUGUCAGCAUGGUUGGCAACAGACAAGGCAGUGCCGUCAUCCCCGAGAAGGCAAGUGCCACCAAUCUCAAGAAGAAGGUUGGUUUCAAGACUCCUCGAGACACAACCAGAGAGUUUUCCCUGGGUGUAGAU